UAUUUGGGACGUUGGUAUGAACAACAAAAGUAUCCGUUUAUUUUUGAAUUGGGCGGUAAAUGCAUAUAUGCGGAAUAUAGUCAGAUGAAAGAUGGUGAUCUUAGUGUGUAUAAUUAUAACAUUAAUGAAUUAACUGGUCGCCCAAAUGAUAUUUUGGGAAAUGCUAAGCUUGCUGCUCCGGGCAAAUUAAAAGUACGAUUUAACAAUAUGCCAUCAUUUAUUGGUGCCGCUGAUUACUGGGUAUUGGAUACCGACUAUGACAACUAUGCUGUGGUUUAUUCAUGUACCGAUAUUUUGGGUUUCGUUAAUGCACAGGUUGUUUGGAUCUUAACGCGUCAACGUAAUCCCAAUCCGCAAUACAUUGAACGAGCUCGCAGCGUUAUCAAACAGAAUGGUUUGUCAUUGAAACCCCUACAGAGGACCAAUCAACAGGGAUGCUGAACCAAGUAAUCCGACUAACAAGGAAUCACGCAA